AUGGCAGCAGUCAAUCGAGACGAAGAAGGAGGCCACUCCAUCCCUCGCACACGCCGCUCGAGCAUGAUCGAAACAUACGAGCGACUCGGAGAAAUCAGCCCUUUGACCGGUCACACACACCCCUCCCAACAGGAAACCGCCCAUUUUCUGCCUGAAACAACCCCCGAGAGGCGGCUAGUAUCGACAACAGAUCGGUCCCUCGAAAAGGACGCCGACCUUGCGGACAAGGUUACUACUCAUCAUUUCGAGGAGAUCGGAGACGGAAACCCACCACCUGAUGAAACCGUUCUAUACCUUGCCUACGGCUCGAACCUAUGCUCGGAUACAUUCCUGGGAAAGCGAGGCAUCAAGCCGCUCUCUCAAAUCAACGUCGUCGUUCCAGAUCUAUGGCUCACCUUCGAUCUCCCAGGCAUACCAUACCUUGAGCCCUGUUUUGCAGCAACACGACUUCGAAAACCCCCAGCCCAAGAAAAAGACAAUGCUUUAGACGGGAAAGCUACAACGGAGGAGGCCUCGCGUCUCCUCCUUAAGGACCCCGACUAUAACCCCAAGAUGCCACUCGUCGGCGUCGUCUACGAAGUCACCCUCACAGACUACGCCCGGAUAAUCGCAACAGAGGGCGGAGGACGCGGAUACGAAGACAAAGUCGUCGACUGCUACCCCUUCCCGAAGGCCUACAACCCCACAGACCCUCUCCCUGAGCGUCCAAGCACGAAGCCCUUCAAAGCCCACACGCUUCUAUCCCCGGCGGUGGCCGAGGACUUACUGGAAGCCACUACACAAGACCAAGCUCUCACAAGCCGGAAACAAUGCGGUUUCGUCUCGCGCUUUAGCCCUCUCAUCCGCCCCAACCCAUUCUACGCCCAACCUUCGGCUCGCUAUCUCAACCUAAUUAACAUGGGCGCCGCUGAGCAUGACUUUCCCGUUGCGUACAGGACAUAUCUUGCUGGGAUUCAGCCUUAUCGUAUAACUACCCUGCGGCAGAAGGUGGGCAAGGUGCUGUUUGCGGGUAUAUGGAUGACGCCGGUACUUCUGGUCUUGCUUUUGCAGAAAAUGUCUGCGGGCUCUGAUGGACGCAGUCCCCCUUGGCUGGUCAGAUUGGCGGAUGCUAUUUUCUUUGCCAUGUGGCAGUCGUAUGAUAAUGUGUUUCGGGGUGUCUUCGGGGAUGGGGAAAGGACAAUCGAUGAUGGUACUGCGCGGUAA